CUUGCAAAAUUUUGGCGGGCAAAUUUGCUAGAAAAUUCAAACCCUCCCCCACUCCGAAACAAAACCCUAGGCCCCAUUUUUUUCCCUCCCUCCCUCUCCCUCUCUCUCUCUCUCUCUCUCUCUCUCUCUCUCUCUCUAGUUUCUCUCGGCGUUUGCCCUGUUGUUUCCUAGGGUUUUGGAGUUUUUCGUUUAUCGCCACUGCCAAUUAAUGAAAGCUGCUGUGGAGUUCGCACCUCUCUGAUUUCCCCGAUCCGUUGUCGGUUUCAGGGUUUUCGAUUCCUGAUUAUUUAUGGGGUUUUGAUGAUUUUUCUAGCUGUUUCUGGCCGGGAGUGACGUUGAGUCAUGUCGAAAUGGUAGGGGUUAUUAAGUUAUUUGAAUGAAAACUAAGAUAUGUUGAGGAAAAAAGGAUGAAAACUUGAAAUCACAGUACUCCUAAAGCUAGAGAAUUUUGAAACAAACAGGAUGGGAAAAGUCGCUCUGAAAGAUAAGAAAUCAAAGACUCCAAAACAGAAAAGGCGGAUGCGAAACUCAAGCAACAAGUAUCUGAAGCCAGGUGCUCUUGCUCAGCUUCGUUACAAUAAAGCGUUGGCCGCCAAAUCUUGUACAGAUCUCGGGAAGAAAAGGGUUGCUGUGUUGGAUGGCCCAGAGACAGACAAUUCGUUAGCGCUUGAGAACAAGGGUAUUUGUGGGAGCCCUUCGAUGUUAUCGCCUGAAAGGUUUGGGUUUAGUCUGGUGGCUGGACCAUUUGAUAUGAUUAACAACAGGAAUGAUGUGCUGACAACACCGAAAACCCCUUGUGCUGAAGAGUUCGAGUGCGACUCAAGGCUUGAGUCUCUGCCAAUUGAUUUACUGGUCAAAAUACUCUGCCACCUGCACCAUGACCAACUCCGAGCAGUUUUCCAUGUCUCCAAGAGAGUCAGAAAGGCUGUUGUGAUAGCUAGGCAGUUCCACUUCAACUACACUACUCCAGAUCGGUCUCGCCAAGAGAUGUUAAGGGCAAUGACUCCACUCCCCACAGAACACUGGCCUUUUCUAGGCAAGAGAGAUGGAAAGGGUAUCUGGAUUCCUAGCCCACACACCCCUAAAGCACCAAAGCAUGGACCCCGCCCGCCUACCCGUGUCAAGUGCACCGAGAUGCGCCAGAUUGCUGCUGUUCUUUUCCAGGAAUCCACAUUCCCUUCAAGAUACAUGGUGCCUUCUGUUUUAGCAAAGCCCCUAUGCAAAUCCUUGGUUUCCAAUCGGAAUCGAGUUCUAUUCUACGAGGAUGAGUUAUGUCAGGCUGUUGCUCAGAAUAAACUUCGUUGAUUUCUUCAUGGAGCAGUCUGAUUUAGUAUCGAUCUCUGGUUUUCGGGGUAGUUUUAUUUCUUAUGGAUCUCUAUUCCGAUGUGUAUAUUCUGCUUUCUAUAUCCUCUAGUACUAGUUGGAGUAGACUAUGGUUGCAAUUUUGCAGUUUUGGUGGAGCAGUCCUAGGCUAUAUUGGGAUUUCGGGCUUGCGGUAGAAAUUUGAAGGAUUGGGUGCUUGUUAUGCAAAUAAUGCAUUCAAACUGGUUUCGUGUAUAGUUAGUAUAUUUGGUUUUAGGAAAUGGUAGUUGUUCAUGGAACUCAGUAUUAGUAACAGAGUUGGUAUUAAUUUAUGUUAUUAUUAUUGUGCAAGUA